AUGCGUUCGUUCACUAAACUUGCUACGCUUCUCCCAUUGGUCCUCGCCCGCCCCCAGGCACUCGGAGAUGGGGUGUCAAACUUGGCACGGGAUUACACGACGGUCCUAAAUUUCGCCAAGAAAGUCACGGUAGACCCAAACGGCAUCGUCAAGAACUGGAAUGGCACCGACGUUUGCCAAUUCGAGGGCUUCACUUGCACCGACAACCCAUUCACCGGGCAACGGGCACUGGCUGGGGUUGACCUCAAUGGCGCACUGUUAGCGGGUGAUCGGCUGACGCUCGGCGGCUUUCUCGACAAACUCACCGACAUCACAUUCUUCCACGCCAACUCCAACGGCUUUAUCGGACAGAUUCCUGACGACCUUUCGAGCCUACACUGGUUGUACGAGUUGGACCUUAGCAACAACAAACUCUCUGGCCCAUUCCCGUCUGGGGUCUUGACCGCUACAAAUCUGACUUUUGUGGACCUGAGGUUCAACCAGUUCAGCGGCGAGCUACCCGCCGAGAUCUUCGAGAUGGAUCUCGACGUGCUCUUUCUCAAUGACAACGCCUUCUCGGGACUGAUCCCAGACACCAUUGGGUCAACGCCGGCCCGAUACCUGACUCUCGCCAACAACAAGUUUCAGGGACGCAUUCCCACUACCAUCGGUGGCGCCAAGAAUCUGGAGGAGGUGGUCUUAUCUGGCAAUCAGAUCUCAUCGCCCCUCCCGGCCGAACUCGCGUCCAUCAAGAACCUGACUCUACUGGAUCUCAGUGACAACCAACUAGCUGGUCAGGUGCCGGAAAUUCUCUGCCAGAUCCCUACCCUGCAGCUCUUCAACGUUUCGAACAACUUCUUCAGCAAACCCCUGGGCCCGGCGUGUAAGGAAUUGCUCGCCAAAGAGAUUUUGGAUGUCUCCACCAAUUGCGUUGAAGGUGCCAAGGACCAGAAGACGGAUUGUUCUGGAGUCUAUUGA